ACACACACACUCCUUCCCAGUGGAGAGUCUGCAGUGUGCUGCCAGUGUGUGAGCUGGAGAGACACUCAGGAGUCGAGUUAUUCCCUCAGAAACCAGCGAUGCUUCCAUUCUACCUCCUGACUUUUGCUGCCACCAUCCAAGCCCACAGCCAGCUGCUGCCAGGCUCCUGCAACUUCGAAUCCAACACCUGCGAAUACACAUCAGAUGCAGACUUUGUGAGCUGGACCCUGCACGAGGAUGGCCAUUUCGUCGCAGUGGAUGGCGUCAUGGACGACAACCAGGACGAUGAGACAGGUGCCGAUGACAGACCACAGAGGGAGAUCAUGGGGGUCCUGCUGAGUCCGGCUCUAGAGCAGAGCGAGUGGAGCUGUCUGAGGCUCGUCUACCAGAUCACAGGUUCAGGAAGCCUGGAGGUCCUGCAGCGCUCGGAGGGGAAGAGCUUUGACAAGCCACUGUGGAGCAACCAGGCGCCUUCUGACAGCUGGGUCAUCUCGAGCAUGGACCUGCAGAACAACACUGAGUCUUACAGGGUUGUCAUUGAAGGUAAACCUGGACGGAGCCCUGGGAGCAGUGUGGCCAUCUUUGAGAUCCACAUCAGCCCUGGAUACUGCCUGGAGUGUGAUUUUGAGGAGUCCCAUCUGUGUGGAUACAGUAACCAGUGGAACGCCAAUGUAAACUGGUAUGUGGGAGGAGGUGGGGUCCAGGUCCUCCACAAUAACAUGCCGAAUGACCACACAUACAACAACUGGACAGGUCACUUCAUGUACGUGGACUCCAUCUACGCCAAGACCUUCAAAGAAGUGGCCAAAUUGGUGUCUCCCAUGACGACGGUGCCGAUGUCCGGCUGCCUGAGUUUCCAGUACCAGCGAAGCGAGGAGAGAGGGAACCUGUUCUCUGUUUUCACCCGGGACCGACUGGGCCAGUACCAGGAGCUGUGGAGGGCCGGGUCUGAGAACCAGAGCAGCUGGAGCGAGAUGCUCGGAGAGUGGAUACCUGUGCAGGUGGACCUGAGGGCACCGUACUCUGUACAGGUGGUCUUUGAAGUGGCGUUUAACAGUCCAAGAGGCGGACGAGUUGCACUUGAUGACAUUUCCUUUUCUCCAGAGUUCUGCAGCACAGACACUGAGCCGACCUUCGACCCCUCCAUCGCCAACUGUAAUUUCGAGGCAGGUUUCUGCCUCUACACCCAGGACCAGGUUGGGGUGUCGUCGUGGAGGAGAGUGUCUGUGAAGCCCAACAUCUUCAGGAACGGAGACCACACCACAGGGGCCGGAUCCUUCCUGUUGGCUCACUCCCGGCUGAGCCCGCACUCCGGAUACGUUAGUCGCCUGAACGGUCCAACUCUGCCCGGGAACAUGAAGUACUGCCUGAGUUUUUACUUCUCUCUGAGGGGUUUCAACCAGACGGACCAGGCUCUGGCCGUAUAUCUGCAGCAGCAGCAGAGCGGCAGCCAGGAGAAGAUCUGGACUCAGGGAGAGAAGUCCAGAGGAAUCUGGAUCGGGACGGAGGUCACCUUCCAAACGUCGCAGCCUGCCAAGGUGGUUUUCAUCAGCACCUGCAGGAGCUUCUGGGACUGUGGCUCCGUGGCUCUGGACGACAUCAGCGUGAGUCUUGGAGACUGCGAGCUGUCGGCAGGUUUGUUGUCGUUUUCUCUGCCAGGACACUGUGACUUUGAAACAGGCCUGUGUGGCUACACUCAGGACAAAGAGCUGGAUUCUGCAGACUGGGAAAGGAGGAGAGGACCCACGCCGACCUCAUAUACAGGACCCAGAGGGGACCACACCACAGGACUCGGAUACUACCUGUACAUGGAGGCGUCGCCCAUGCUGCCCGGUCAGAGCGCCCGGCUGCUCUCCCGCCCUCUGAGGGGCUCCCGGGGGCCUCAGUGCCUGCGCUUCUUCUACCACAUGUACGGCUCGGGCACGGGCCAGCUCAGCGUUUACCUCGACAAGGGCGGAUCGGACGUGUUGCUGUGGCAACGGAGCGGGGAGCAGAGCAUCGCCUGGCUCAGGGCCAGAGUGGAGUAUCAGUGCGACAGCCAGCAUCAGAUUGUAUUUGAAGCAAACAGGGGUUCAUCAGUGAGGAGCGACAUCGCCAUUGAUGAUAUUGUCCUGGAAGGUGGACCUUGUCCAGAAAUGGAGAUCCGAGCCACCGUGGGAACCUCCAACGAGAUCGAGUAGACGGGAAAGAGGAGGAACAGCUGUGUAGGAUGCAUGAACCCUGUUGUUUUUUUUGCACAUUACAGACGACUCGUUUCACGUCAAUCUGAACUCACAGGGACUGAGUGUUGGUAAAGGGGAAACUUUUCACGUAGUUCUGUUUUCAUGGAGCAACACAUAUCAGUUGUGUCAUAGUCAGCAUUUCUCUCUGCACUGUAGCACUGUUUAAAAUUGUGUUUGUCACAUUUAUAUGCAUUAGAUUAAUGCUCAUUGCUCGAAUAAAGUGAGACGGUUAUUCAA